AUGAAGCUUGAUCAAAAAGUGCGCAAUCGAUGGCUUAUUAAAGUAAUAUUUUCGUCCCACAUAAACAAAUGUAAAUUUGUAGAAGAUAUUCAAGUGUUUAAGGGAAUAAUAGGAAGCGGAGGAUAUGGAGAAAUAUACUAUGCGCUGGAUCUGAAGAUGAACAAUGAGUCAGUAGCUGUAAAAGUUGAACCCGCAAUUAGGAAAGGGAAAGUAGCCAAAAGGAUGAUUUUAGAACAAAAAUUACUUCUUCGCCUACAAGGUCAGCCACAUGCUCCAUUAAUGUGGGGGUCAGGAACAGAGCAUGGUUUGAACUAUAUCGUUAUGCAAUUGCUAUCAACAAAUGUAGCGGAUCUAAAAAAACAGUGUCCAGUACACCGCUUAUCUCGACCUACUGCUGGACGUAUUAUGCAACAGGUCAUCUCUGGCCUCCGUGGCAUUCACAAAGUGGGAUACAUUCAUAGAGACGUAAAACCUGCAAAUAUGUGCUUUGGCCUCACUGAAAAAAGCUAUCGACGACUAAUAAUAGUAGAUUAUGGUUUAGCACGAAGAUUUCGAUUAGCAAAUGGAAAGCCAAUUGAGCGGAGAGUACGAGCGGGUUUUCGAGGCACCUUACGAUAUGUAUCAAUACGGGUACACGAUCGACAGGAGCAAGGACCUUCUGAUGAUCUAGUCGCUUUGUUCUUUACGCUAAUUGAAAUUGUGCAAGGGGAAUUACCUUGGAGAUAUGAGAAAAGUGAUAGAAAAAUGAAAAUUGCUAAAAUGGAGCUGGUAGGUAGGGUCAAACGACGUUUGAUCACUUCUGAAUGCACAAAACCUGAUCAAAAACUUAAUUUGGCUCAUAAUCGACCACUAAACGAUCCUUAUGACUGGGAAAACGAUUAUUUGGAAGUAAUGCAAGAAUAA